CAGGAUCUGCCAAGUCGGCCACAGUCUGGAAGUUUACGUCGUGUCGCGCGGUCGAUCAUUUCUUUUUUGAAACGGAUAGUACGCGGUAUUAGUCCAAGACUCAACAGGAACUUGCAAUCGAAUCAAGAGUUUAUCAUCGUAUCAAGCAGCUCAUUGAAAAUCGAGGCGUUCGAAAGUCAAUGAGCCAAGAAGCACCAGUGCACCCGAGAAUCGCUUCCCAGGAGUUCAUUCUUCGGUGUGAUAGUGUAGUAAGAAAGUGUGACAGCUAGAAAUCUCUAGUGAAGUUUAUCGAGCCUGAACAUAUAAAGCAAAAGCCAAGGUGAGCCCGAGGCGAACACGUAAAGCGAGGAACUUGAAAGCAACCAGAAAUGAUCUUAUUGAGCACUAGACACAAACUCAAACCAGUAAUAGACAGCUCUUGACGAUUGGGCUCAAGAAAAGAUCAUUUCCGGAGUACGCAGCAGAAGAACCAACUUUCGGAGGUAAAUCUAUAAUAGUGAACUAUCGCCAAUCACCACCCUAGGCAGAUCCUAAACACAACCAGGUUUGUCAAACAAACCGGAGGACAAACACUCGAAGCUUCGGGACCAUCAAGCUUCGAUUACCAUCCAAACUUUCCUCUUCGUGAUCAUUUACCCCAGCAGAAACGUUCAUUCUUGAACUUUUCCACUGCAAACGACGUCAACGUGCCCCCCUGUCAGAGGCUAUCGGAGAACUCCGCAGUACACGCAACUUAUCACGUCCUUUACCACCGAAGCAAUAAAUUAGUCCCACCAACUGACUAAAAUGGCACUCGACUUUGCUGCGGGAUGUCUUGGAGGAUGUGCCGGCGUCCUUGUUGGCUACCCGUUCGAUACGGUCAAAGUCCACCUGCAAACUCAGGACUACCGGAACCCAUUGUACAAAGGAACGCUGGACUGCUUCCGCAAAAUCAUUGCCAAAGAGAGUGUUCGUGGGCUCUAUCGUGGAAUGUCCAGCCCGAUGGCUGGCGUGGCAGCAGUAAAUGCUAUUGUUUUUGGAGUUUACGGGAACGUACAGCGGCGAACUGCUAACCCUGAUUCGCUGUAUUCUCACUUUUUGGCCGGGAGUGCAGCAGGGUUGGCACAAAGCUUCAUUUGCUCUCCGAUGGAGUUGAUCAAGACAAGACUACAGUUGCAGGAGAAUCUACCGAAGGGAGCUUUCAAGUAUAAAGGACCGUUGGAUUGCUCGCGCCACAUUUGGAGAGCCGAAGGAUGUCGCGGGCUUUUCCGAGGAUUGGGUAUCACUGCAGCUCGCGAUAUGCCAGGUUUCUCAAGCUACUUUGUAGCGUAUGAACUAAUGGUGCGUUCGGUAGCAAAUCCUUCGCCUUUUGUCAUCUUGAUGGCUGGUGGUCUCGCUGGAACCAUAUCUUGGCUGUUUACAUUUCCCAUAGAUGUAGUAAAGUCUAGACUGCAAGCGGAUGGCAUGUCUGGUAAGCCAAAGUACAAUGGAAUUGUAGACUGCUUGCGAAAGAGUCACGCUGAAGAAGGCAUCGCCUUUCUAUCCCGAGGACUAGCGUCAACAUUGCUACGAGCAUUUCCCAUGAAUGCCGUUUGCUUCUUAGUUGUGUCAUACGUUUUGAAAAUGUUUGACGAACCCAACCUAAGCGUGGAAUUGAAUCCAAAAGAACCUUUACUAAUGGUACAACAACCAGCUGGAGCGGUCAAAGUGACGCUGAACAAACGACAUCACGAACAACACGAUCACCACAUUCUGAACAUCAAGCAAAAUACAUUCCGGUUUCUGAGCUUCCUUGGAGCAUUUAGUGAAGCAGUUUGCUGCGCGGAAAUGGAUGAGCUGGCACACGAUUUACACCUUAAUGAAGACGGUGGCUAUUACUAUGCUAAACUUAACGAAUACCUGCAAAGUUCCAACCAAGAGUACUGUAAAAGAUUUCCAUUUUUAGACUAGUCUAUGUAGUGCCUUUUUCGUUAUGUAUUAGAAAAAAACCUCAGUGUCUUUAAUGUAUUGUUGAUCGAAAAUAAAGUUUUAAUAAAUUAUUUUUAAAA